AACACGGCAAGUGUACCUAUCUAUGUACAGUAUCUAGAGAAGGAACCUUGGAAUCAUGUGGAAAUUCCGAUACAUGUAUCUGAUGUUUUAUCUAGUAUCAAGCUGUGUAACAUGAUAGGGGUGAAAAACUGGAUGUUCACGAGCCAGGAGUUACCCAAGCUACCAAGUAACCUGGUAACUUCUCUUCGUCCCAUUUUCCAGGCUCCCAAAAAACGGUUUAAGUAUUUAAGAUAAACAUCCAAGCCACACACAACCACCGUGGACCUUGCGGACUCUCCGCGAAGCCCGAGCUAAGGCACUGCCACAAGGAACGACGUCGUCACUGGGCGAAGAAAUAGCCCCAAGUUUACCCAGCACCCAUUCCCAAGUUUACUACUACCACCACAAUUACUACAAGUACAACCUUGACCACUAGCCCUGCCUUGCAGCACACAUCAUCUAUCAUCUUCCUCCUAUACAUCCUUCAUCCUUUUCCCAGUUUACUCGACGAUCGGUACUACGCACCCUACACGACAUAUUCGGCAUUGCUUCGCGGGGCAUCAUUUAGGUACCUAGUUAAUCGCAGUACCAAGAAUACCAUCAGCCCAAGGCAAUAAUACUCCUUCCAAUAUCUCCAUCUUUACCGGACAUCCCUCUAUCGGACAGGAUCACUUUAACCCCGUUAAGCGAUGAGCUUCCGAGGUUUUCAGAAGAGCGUCGUCCGAGCGCCGCAACAAUUCAAAGCCAAAUUCAACAUUGGCGAACAUAGUAAAGAUCCCGUGUUCAUCGAUGCCGAACGACGCUUCCACGAGCUCGAGGUCGAGACCAAGCGCCUCCACGAUGAAAGCAAAAAAUACUUCGACGCCAUCAAUGGCAUGCUCAACCACCAAAUUGAAUUCAGCAAGGCCAUGACCGAGAUUUACAAGCCCAUAUCUGGUCGCAUGUCUGACCCAGAUUCCUUGGAAAUCCAAGGCAACCCCGAAGGUAUCCGUGCUUGCAUGGAGUACGAAGCUAUUGUCAAGGACUUACAAGAGUCGCUCAAGCCUGAACUUGAGAUGAUCGAUUCGCGAGUCAUCCGCCCGGCAAACGAGCUGCUCGACGUACUUAAGGUCAUCAGGAAGACCGCGACGAAGCGUGAACACAAAAAGCUCGACUUCGACCGGCACAAUGCGACACUCAAGAAAAUCCAAGAUAAAAAGGAGAAAAGCGCCAAGGAUGAGAAGGCCUUGUGGAAGGCAGAAAGCGAUGUCGAGCAAGCCACUCAGGAAUUCAACUAUUUCAACGAUCUGUUAAAAGACGAAUUGCCGAAGCUAUUUACUCUUGAGCGCCAAUUCAUCAAGCCGCUAUUCCAAUCCUUCUAUUACAUGCAAUUAAACAUCUUCUAUACACUUCACGAGAAGAUGCAGCAUUGCGAUAUUGGAUAUUUCGAUUUAACGCUCGACGUUGAGGAAGCAUUCAUGAGGAAACGAGAGGGUAUUCAGGAGCAAACCGAAGCGCUAAGUAUUGUCCGGUUUAAGACCAGCGGUCAAAAGAAGCCGCCUAAGUACGGGAACAAGCCACCAGCGAUCGAAGCAAGUACACGACCUACAGGUCUGCUCACUGCCGGUCCGUCAUCAACGCCGAGCCCGGUAUCAGCGAAGUAUGGUCAAUCAUCCCAGUCAGAUGUUGUGGAGAAUCCUCCUCCACCAUACUCCGCGUCCGCAGCCGGCCUAAAGCCACCCAUGUCACCGCCCUUAGGUGGUCCCAGUUCGGCGGGAUUAGCAGCGCUUGCGGCAGGGAAGCCAAAGCCUCCUCCGCCAAAACCGAAGCCCAGCCGACUUAGCGGAGCGCCUGCUGUCGAAACUGUUACUGCUCUAUAUGACUACUCCGCCCAGGCUGAAGGUGAUAUAAGUUUUAGGGCAGGAGACGUAAUAGAAAUUGUCAGCAAAACCAAGAAUGAGAACGAAUGGUGGAUUGGAAAAUGUCAUGGGAAACAGGGCCAAUUUCCUGGAAACUAUGUGAAAGUGGGCUAGAAGCCUGUGUUCCGAUUGUCAAGAUGGUAUAGAUGACCAUUAUACGAUUCACCAGAAAGUGUGUGGUAGGGGCAACCCGGAUCGAGGACACAAUCGAGGUUGGCUGCACGAGAACCUGAUCAUCAAAUAUCCAGUAUCUCAAGGUAAACCUUUAGAAGGGCGUCCUUUCGAUGGCACCGGUGAGCAUUGGACUAUGGAGACUUUACUGGCCUUCCGGGAUAGAAGGUGUGGUAGACAGUUGAAGGAGGUAGUGCGCUGAUUACCCCGUCAACGCUUGAUGAAUCUAUCAUAACAUUGAACUGCGAUCGCAAGCCGACCUUCAUAUGAUGUCAAGUGAACUUGUACUAUUCUAUUCCAUUUUGUGGCUGGUUACCAAACGUAUACUAACUAGAUUUUACUUAAUUCUCACAAAGAAUGGUAUUGAUAUUUACAUAAUCUCAGUUUUAGUUCCAGAGUAACAUGGAUG